AUGGCGCUCAAGGACACCAACGUCGCCAUCUCCCUCCUGUCGCGCGCCCACUCCCCCGAUUCCACAGACCGCAUCUUCACGGAAAAGAUCAAGACGCGGCCGCUCCACCUCAAGCCCUCUGAGCACGACAACGCGCGACACCACCGACGAGUCGAGCGACAGCGCAAGCUCUCGCUGCGCAAGAAAAAGCUCAAGCCCAAGCCGCUCUCAUCGCGGGAGAAGCGCGCGCUCUGCCUGUACGAUGUGCCGCGGGAGGCGCAGAAAUACGCGCUGUACGCGCCGCUGCACAAGAUGUGGGUGGGCUAUAUCCAGGAGGUGCUUGAGCGGAGCAUGCCGGUGACGGCGGCGACGGCGGCGAAGUUGUGUAGUGCGGAUUUUCAUGGGGCGGAGCUGGAGGUCGUGCGUAGUAGGUGUGUGAGUCGGGUCGGGGUGCGGGGCAUCGUGGUCAAGGAUUCGAAGUUUACUUUUGAGAUUGUGACGAGAAACGAUAAGCUCAAGGUCAUGCCGAAAGAGCAUACGGUCUUUAGGUUUACGGUCCCGCGGCCGGGGGUAACUGAGGGGAACGAGAAAGAGGGGGGUCAAGAGGGUGAGAAGGAUUUGGUGUUUGAGCUGCAUGGCGAUCAGUUUAUCUAUCGGGCAGUGGACAGAGCGAACAGGAAGUUCAAACCACAUUUCCUCCCGGAUCUCUGA